AAUCAUGCAGGCGCCCAUGACAAAAACCAGUUUUCUCAAACGCGUGCACACUCCAGUCCAGUAGGAGACAGAAAAGCGCCAUUAAACACAAGAAGAUGAAAGAAGAAUUUGAGUGAUCAGUCGGUACAUGUUCAGUGUGUUAAACUUCAUUUAAAUCUCUCAGCUGAAGAAAGAGGUGACGUCACUGAAGACAAAUCUGAUGGAGAGAGAGGACAGGUUACAGGAGCUGGAAAAGGUUUCCUGUCAAUCUUCAGUGUGUGUGACUGAUGGGACCUCCACAGAAUGUCAGGAUUCAGUGUGGAGCGGCAGAGAUCAGUCCACACCACAGCGACUGCUGGACAAACUCUCUGAACAGAGAUCCAGAGACACACAGGACUCACAGCUCACUUUACUCUGUUCUACUGAUGGUAAUCAGGGUGAUCAAACCUCCACAGAGUCUCUGACUUCUGUCUGUAACACUGGAGAACAGCAGAUGCUGCAGACACCAGUGAAGAUUGAAGUGAAACUGGAGGAGAUAAAAGAAGAAAACACUGAAGAGGAAAAACAUAGAGAGGAUGUUGAUUUUAUUCCUUCAGAUCUGAUGGAAGUAAAAGAGGAAAGUCAAGAGCUGAAAGAAGUGGAGGAGAAACUUCAGUAUCAGGGUGGCUCAAAGACUAAGAAGAAUUUCUCAACAAAAAAGCCUCAAAGAAGAGCAGCCAAAAAUACUUUCACCUGCUCUCAGUGUGGAAAGAGUUUCACAUGUUUGAGCCAUCUUAAUAGACACAUGAGGGUUCACACAGGAGAAAGACCUUACAAGUGCAAUCAGUGUGGAAAAAGUUUCUCAUCUGUAUACUAUUUCAAGGAUCAUCUCCGCUUUCACUCUGGAGAAAAAACAUUUGAAUGUGAUCUUUGUGGUAAAACAUUUGUUUUGAAUUCAGUCCUAAAACAACAUCUGAAAACACACACAAAUGAGAAGCCUAAGUGUUCUUUUUGUGGAAAGAGUUUUGCAUGCCUGUCCAAUUUAAAAGAGCACCAGACAAUACAUACCGGUGUGAGCGCUCAUAUGUGCCUUGAUUGUGGAAAGAUCUUUACAACAGCCGGCAAUUUGAAACAGCACCAAAGAAUUCAUACUGGAGAAAAACCUUACAAGUGCUCACACUGUGGAAAGAGUUUCACUCAGUCACAAGACCUGAAAAAACACAAGAGAAUUCAUACUGGAGAAAACCCCUACAAGUGCUCACACUGUGGAAAGAGUUUCACUUUGUCACAAGACCUGAAAAAACACAAGAGAAUCCAUACUGGAGAAAAACCGUACAUUUGCUCACACUGUGGAAAGAGUUUCACUCAGUCACAAACUCUGAAAACACAUGAGAGAAUCCAUACUGGAGAAAAGCCGUACAUUUGCUCACACUGUGGAAAGAGUUUCUCUCAGUCACAAAACCUGAAAACACAUGAGAGAAUCCAUACUGGAGAAAAACCAUACAUUUGCUCACACUGUGGAAAGAGUUUCACUCUGUCACAAAACCUGAAAACACACGAGAGAAUUCAUACUGGAGAGAAACCAUACCACUGCUCUUCAUGUGGGAAAAGUUUAAGAGCAGCAAGUGCUCUAUGGAAACAUGUAAAAAAGAAUUGCCAAAGUAGUCCCAGUGAGCAAAAAUCAUCUUCAGGUCCAACAAGAUCAAGUAAAUAGUUGGAAAUUCAGAUAAACACAAAGACCCUGAUACAACACUACAUCACCCAGACGUCUAUUUAAUGUGUGUUUACGUCGUUACAUUUUUUUUUUGGGUUGUUUGCUCAUCUGCAAUAUUUCUAUAUGAUGUUUCCUCUCGUAUGUCAAUAAGACAUUCAGCAGAUGUCUUUAAGAUGUUUAUGAUUUAGAAUUUUUGGAAAUCUGAUCUUUCUAAGAUGUUCAGCAGAUGUUAACUGGGGGUUUUCACACUGACAGUUUAAUCCAAAAUAUAGCACAGUUCGUUAGAAAAGUUGGUAAUGCGAAAGCUGUUUUGAAGACCAUGAUUCCUAACCUGGGACUACAUUUAGGAGGUUGUCUGAGUUUGUAUUGCAAUGGAACUUUGGCAUGGUUCGCAUGAGUGAGAAAGCAAACUGUACUCAGGCCCACACUUGUUCAGGAAGUAAAAUAAAUUGUGCAUGUGUUUAAGCAUAAUGACAUUAUCAAUUGCACAAAACCAAACACACAUGUGCACCGUGAGUGGAGGGGACCGCUUUUGGACACAAAAGAGACGAGGUGCCUUUUAUAUACAUGCGCGAGUGAGCUUGCAAUCUGUGUUUUAAUAACUGUGUUAUUAAAAAAGAUGGUGAGCAUCAGAUAUAGUUACUUUCUUGGAUAUCUACAGCUGCUGAAUUACAGAAUGCGACACACAGAGGCACAAGUGUUGUUCACUCUGGUGCGCAUAAUGAUGGCAAAUUAAUAAAAGACACAAAUAUAGAGACCUACGUUGUGUUCUCCAUCAUGUGCAGGUUUGUGAUGAUGCAAGUUGAUGAUGGAAAUGCAACAGGGUUCAACAGAAUAGAUAGAUAGAGGCACAAAUUACCUUCUGUAGUGCUCCCUGUUGCACAGAUGUAGGAUUAGUCUACUGCUGAAGGUGCUCCUCGUUUCAUCAAGCAUGCCAAAUAGGGUGUGAGAUAUAUUGCCCUUGAUGGUCAGAAAUUUAGACAUUCUCUUCUCAGCAACCACCUCCAGAGGGUCUAGGUCCACCCCAAUGACAGAGCCUGCCUUCCUAAUGAGCUUAUUCAGCCGGUUAACUUCUCCAGCUUUAGCCCCAGCACACCACAGCAUAGAACAAAGAGCUGGCGAUGACAGAUUGAUAGAACAUCUGAAGCAUCUUAUCACACACUGAAGGACCAGAGUCUACUUAAUAAGAAAAGAGGGCUCUGACCCUUCUUACAGGUUGCUUCUGUGUGUUUAGUCCAAUCAAGUCUGUCAUCAAUGUGAACCCCCAGGUACUAAUAUGAGUCCAUUAUCUCCACGUUACAGCAAUGUAUACAGACAGGAAAGGGUUGGUCCUUUUUUCUCAAGUCGAUUACCAGUUUAUUGUUUUUGUGACGUUGAGUUGCAGGUGGUUUGCUCCACACCACUCCAUGAAGCUGUGUCCUAUACUCAGUCCCCUGUCCACCCUCAAUACUGCCUACAACAGCAGAGUCAUCCGAAAACUUCUGCAGGUGGCAUAACUUUGUGUUGUACCUAAAGUCUGAAGUGUAGAGUAUGAACAGAAAUGGAGAUAGGACAGUUCCUUGAGGAGCACCUGUGUUGCUAAUCACCUGCUGGGACACACUGUUCCUCAGCCUCAAAAACUGAGCUUGUGAGGAAAUCUGUGACCCAGGAAAUCAUGGGGCUGUCAAACCACAUUUCUUCUAGUUUCCUUUCUAGUAAUGCUGGUUGAAUGGUGUUGAAGGCACUGGAGAAGUCAAAGAACAUAACCCUCACAGAGCUGCUGGCCCUAUUCAAGUGUGAGUAGACCCUCUGAAGCAUAUAGGUUAUUGCAUCAUCCACCCCCACCUGGGGGCAGUAAGCCUUCUCAUCUCCCUCCUAACCUGAUCCUCCGUGAUAGUCAGUCCCACCUGGGGGGAGUCAGAAAUCAUGAAUGUGUGUGAGGGAGGAAGCUGUGGGCGUUGUCGGUUUGAAUGACUGCUGAGCACUGUCGGCAGACGCAGUGGAGUUGCUGUGGGGCAAUGGGUGAUAGAGUGUAGCACUGGGUUCCGAGUCAAACUUAUUGUAAAACUGAUUCAGCUUGUCAGCCAUCUCCAAGUUACACCCCCUGACUGUUUGAAGCCAGUAAUUUCCCUCAUACCACUCCAAACGUCUUUAACCCUAUUCUUCCGCAGCUUUUCCUCCAGUUUUCUCCUAUAGGUGUCCUUACUCUCCUUCAGCUUCCAUUUGAGUUCCUUUUGUAUUUGCCUCACCUCCUCCUUUGUUUCCUCUCCUGAAGGCUCUUUUCUUGUCAUUUAAUAUAGCCUUCAAUUCACUGGUAAUCCACGGCUUGUUGUUGGGGAAGCAACAAACUUUACUGGUGGGAAUGAUAUUAUGAACACAGAAGUUGAUGUAUUUAGUUACACAGUCUACUAUGCUGUCGAUGUCAUCCCCGUGUUGUUCGCACAGCACAUCCCAGUCAGUGAUCUCCAGGGUGCCACACAGAUCUUCAACCCCAUCUUGGGUCCAUCUCUUCACUGUCCUAGUAGUCACAAGUUGACACUGAACAACAGGCUUGUAGAGUGAUGUGAGCAGGACCAGGUUGUGAUAUGAUUUUCCAAGUGGGGGGAGGACAGUGGAGUUAUAAGCCUCCUUAACAUUGGCAUACAGUAAGUCCAGUGUUCUGUUCUCUCUGGUUGAACAUUUCUCAUUAUUUAAAAGUAUGUAGAAUUGAUGAAAGAGAGACAUGGUUGAAGUCUCCUGAAAUGGCAAUGAAAGCAUUUGGUUGUUGUCUUUGGAUUCUGGCUGUGACUGUGUGUAUGACGUCACACGCUGCCUCCAUGCUUUCCGUAGGGGAAUGUAAACCGCAACAAAGAUAGUAGAUGUAAACUCCCAUGGCAGAUAAAAAGGAUGCAUUCCUAUGGCAAUCGGUUCAGUUUCUAGGCUACAGAAUCUUUCGUUAACAAACAGUAGAUUGCCUAGGAUUGCAUCAUCUGCUGUUAACAAACACUGCGAGCCCCCCUCCUUUCUGUAACACAUGCUUAUGGACCAGAUAUCAGAAGCUAGGAUUCAGCUUUGGCGAGAGAGAGUGCGCAGAACAGGGGGGUGAAUAACCAGUUCAAUUUUAAG